AUGGAUAACUCGCAGGACGGCCCCGGAAAGGGCACGAUCCUGGUGACUGGCGCAAAUGGCAGCUUGGGAAGCACGAUGGCGUCCCAGAUCACGUCGACGGCCGAGCUCGCAGCCUACCACCACGGUCUCUACGCGGUGCGCGACUCCAAGGCGGCGCCCGUCCUGAGGACCGCCGUCGCGCAGCACGGGAGCAAAGACACCAGCCCGCACACCCACGACAUCAUCUCGCUCAACCUCGCGGACCUGGACAGCGUGCGCGCCGUGGCGGCGACCAUCAACUCCCGGGUUGCAGCGGGCGAAAUCCCGCCGAUCCGGGCGCUGAUCCUCAACGGGGGCUACCUCGAGUUCACCUCGCAGUCCUGGACGGCCGACGGCUUCGACAUGACGUUCGCGAGCAACUACCUGGGCCACUGGCUGCUGACGGUUCUGCUGCUGCAGAGCAUGGACCGCGAGGCAGGCAGGGUGGUAGUGGUAGGGAGCGAGUCACACGACCCGCACAACCCGAAGAGCAAGGCGCCGUUCGAUGGUGCCCGGUGGUUGGAGUUCAUGCGCGACGGGAGCAGUGAGUCUGUGGCUCGGGGCAUGUGGAGCACGUCCGAGGAGGACCCGAGCUACAGCGGUGGCUUCCGGCGGUACGGGGCGUCCAAGUUCUGCCAAGCUAUGAUGAUCCCCGAGCUCCAGCGGAGGCUCGACACGGACCCCGCGCUGUCUAACAUCUGCAUCCUCGGGGUGGACCCGGGUUCCAUGCCCGGCAACCUCACGCGCCGUGGGCCGUGGUUCAUAUGGCUGCUCAUGUACAAGCUGAUCAUGCCGUGGCUGGCGCCGCUCAUGGCCUGGCUGCAGCCCAACGGCCCGCUGCGCACGCUGAAGCUCGGGGCGGCGGACGUGAUCGCCGGUGCGUUCCGGGGGUCGCCGCCUCCCAACGGAGGGUAUUUCUACGGGUCUCGGGUCGAAGAGAUGACGGCCGAGGCCCAGGAUGUCAAGAAGAGGGAGAGGCUCUGGGUGGAGACGGUCGGGCACACGGGGCUGAAGGAGGGCGAGACCAGUCUGGAAAAGUGGAUGUGA